GUCAUAACGUCGGUAGAUGUCAGAAGUGACCUCGCGACUUUCUGCGUCACCUUAAUACCGUAUCUUGCAAGUGAGCUUUGUCAGGCGGUUCGUCAUUGUAUUUUGGAUUGCAAAGAUGUCAUCAUCUUCAGACGACGGGGAGGAUUAUAUAUAUUACAAAGAUCGUCCAGAGUGGAAUGAUGUAACACCAGUACCACAAGAUGAUGGACCUCACCCAGUUGUACAGAUUGCUUACAGUGAAAAAUUCAAAGAUGUCUUUGAUUACUUUCGAGCAGUUUUGAAAUCAAACGAAAAAAGUGAACGAGCUCUCGAACUCACAAAAAGUGCGAUUGAUAUGAAUCCUGCAAAUUACACAGUAUGGCAAUAUAGGAGAGUUCUCUUGAAACAUUUAAAAAAGGACAUUACAGAAGAAAUGAAUUUUCUCUCUGGUCUUAUUACCGAGCAACAAAAAAAUUAUCAGGUUUGGCAUCACAGACGAGCGCUGGUUGAAUGGUCAGGGGACCCCUCAAAAGAAUUAGAAUUUACGGCAGAAAUUUUGAAUUUGGAUCAUAAAAAUUAUCAUGCAUGGCAACAUAGACAAUGGGUAAUAAAAGAAUAUUUAUUAUGGGAAGGUGAACUUGAUUUUGUGGAUUCAUUUCUUGAGUCUGAUCUUCGCAACAAUUCUGCUUGGAAUCACAGAUAUUAUGUUGUUUCUCAUACUAAAGGAUUAACAGACGAAGUUGUUAAUAAAGAAAUUGAAUACGUAACAAAAAAGAUUGAUAUGGUCACAAAGAACGAAAGUGCAUGGAAUUAUUUGAGAGGCAUUCUUCUCGAUCGAGGCUUAACGUGGAGUGAAGAAUUAAAUAAGAAAAUUCACUCAUGGAGAGGAGAAGGAUUGAAGUCCCCUCAUCUGUCGGCUUAUUUGUUGGAUAUGUAUGAAGAAGAACUAGGAAAUAAGAAAACGAAUGAUGUCAAAGAAACACUGCACAAAGCGAUGGAGCUAUGCAAAGAAUUAGCAGAAGACACAGACAAGAUUAGACGCAACUACUGGGAAUUUUUUUCACGAUCUCUAGAAGAACGAUAUUCAUGAGAGACUCUUCCAAUCGCUGGAGAAGGAUGGCUUCUUGCCAAUCAUCUGAGAAUUUAAUUCAGAAUACACUAAUGAUCAAUUUCGAUCCACAUAUCAUGUGAACCUUUGAGAAUCAAAUUUGUUGUGCUCCAGCUGGAGACAGCACAUACUUUUAUUUGUUUUAUAAAGAAUCAUGCAACGGCUACGUUGUCAGUUCAGUGUGAACAUUGACCAAUAAAUGUAUCAUUGCUCAUUGUG